CACAUUCUUUUGGAAAGCAACUAAAGAUUUGAAACAAACUAGAGAAAAGGAAGAAAAUAAAGCAGUGAACAACCGAGAAAGCGAAAGGGAAGAAAAUAGAAGAAUAAAAGUGAAAGUAAAACAAAGAAAAAUGGCCACUUUUCGAAGAUUAACACAGCAGACUUAUAAGAAGACUGUAUUUUACUCAAACAUGCGCAAUAUAUCUACGUCAGCCACAGGACAACAACGAGUAGCAGAGCUUGACGACACAUUUAUAACGGAAUGUCCUAUGAGGAAAACUUUGAACGUUCUCAAGACAUAUGCUUCGGAAGAGCGAGCGAGCAGUAAUUUGAUUGGACGUCCAUUUGAAGAGAUACCUGGACCUAAAGGGUUGCCAAUCUUAGGAACGCUUCUCGAUUAUUUCAAGAAAGAUGGCUUGUCCUUUACAAAAAUGUUUGAGGCAUACAACAAAAGAGCACUAGAAUAUGGUCCAAUAUUUCGAGAACAGAUCACAACAGUAAAAACAGUAGUAAUAAGUGAUCUAGAUGAAUAUAGCAAAGUUAUCAAAGCUGAAGGCCGCUUCCCAAAUCGACGAGAAAUGGAACCAAUGAUGUACCACCGUUAUCAACGAGGAAUCGAUCUUGGAUUAAUCAACUCGCAAGGCGAAGAAUGGCACAAAUACAGAUCAGUGCUGAGCCGAAAACUUCUUCUCAGUAAAGAGAUACAGCAGCAUUGUUCAGCGAUGGAUGCAGUUGCCAAUGAUUUCAUCACCAGACUUGACUUGUUACAACAGUCGGAAAAUGGAGAAGUGCAUAAUUUAGAACAUGAAAUUUUCAAGUGGUCUAUGGAGUCCGUCGGUACGGUACUUUUUGAGGAAAGAAUCGGCUGUCUUGACCCAGAACCACCAAAAUUAGCUUUGGAUUUCAUCGCUAACCUGGUCGGCUACUUCAAGCUGAUGCAGCCGUUGAUGUACAACGCUCCCAUUUAUAAAGUAUUCCCUACCAAACAGUGGAACCAGUUCGUGAGUUUUGCAGAUAAUGUGAUGAACAUAGGAAAAACUUUUGUCGAGAGAAAGCUAAACAAACUACAGAAAGAGAUAGAAGACGGCAACGUCAAUAGUGAAGAAACCUCAAAAUUUCUAUCCUACUUACUCACCCAAAAAUCCUUGUCUCUUUGUGAAGCUACUUCAUCUGCAGUUGAUCUUCUCAGUGGAGCUGUAGAAACCACGUCUAACUCCAUAGUCUGGGUAUUGUAUUGUCUUGCUAAAAAUCCACAAGUCCAAGAAGAGAUAUACAAAGAAGUAUGUAAAAUCGUUGGUCCAGGAGAGGAACUGACACCUGCGAAACUUACCAGUAUACCACUGGUGAAAGCCUGUCUCAAGGAAGCUCUUCGGAUUUACCCCAUCACCUUCGCCACCAGCCGAGUUACAAACAAAGAUAUAGAAGUAUGUGGUUACCAUAUUCCAGCAGGUACCCAUGUCCAGUGUAAUGUGUAUGGUCUAGGACGCAACAGUGACGUUUUCCCACAACCACUGGAAUUUCGCCCUAAAAGAUGGAUCGGUAAUCGUUCUGACAACAAUGGCAAAGCCCUUUACAAUCUAACAUGGGGUCAUGGACCCCGAAUGUGCAUUGGUCGAAGAAUAGCUGAGCAAGAAAUCUUUAUUCUCUUGACGAAGAUUAUUCAGAAUUUCCGAUUGGAAUACCACCACGAAGAUGUUCAGCCAGUUCUUAACACAGUUAUGACACCAGACAGACCACUUCUAUUAAAAUUCGUUCCACGAGAUCCAGAAAACCAGUAAUUUAAAUGAAUGAAUCAAAGUCAAGAAGCGCAAAACCUGUGAUAUUUUAAUUGGCCAAAAUAUUUAUUUUUGUUUUUAGUGGGUAAGACGGACAGAGG